AUGGCUCAAGAGGACGUGGAAAGGGCGGAUGAAAAGGACGUGGGCGCCGUCGCCCUCGAUCCGCUCUCGACGGCCAACCGCAGCGAGUUCAGCACGCCCGACCACAGCAUGACCGACGCCGAGUACCGCAAGCUCAUCUGGAAGCUCGACGUGCGGCUGCUGCCGCCGCUCUUCAUCCUGUGGUUCAUCUCGCUGAUUGACCGCGUCAACAUUGGCACCGCGCGCAUCCAAGGGCUGGAGAAGGACCUGCACAUGGACCCGCGCAGCAACCAGUUCAACAUUGCGACCGUCGUCGUCUUUGUCGGCCUCAUCAUCGCCGAGGUCCCGAGCAACUGGCUCGUGAAGCGCUUCUCGCCGACGGCCGUGCUGUGCCUCGAGUGCGUCCUGCUCGGCCUCUUCACCAUUGGCCAGGGCCUGGUGCGCAGCUUCGGCGGGCUGGUCGCGAUGCGCUUCUUCAUCGGCGUCCUUGAGGCCGGCCUCAUCCCGGGCUCCAUCUUUCUGCUGUCGGCGUACUACCCGCGCUACGAGCUGCAGUGGCGCCUGAGCAUGCUGCACGUUGGCAACGCCGUGUCCAACGCUUUUGGCGGCCUGCUGGCCUACGGCGUCGCGAGCAUCCACGCGUCCAACGGCUACAGCGGGUGGCGCUGGAUCUUCAUCAUCGAGGGCCUGAUAACCAUUGUCGUCACGGCCAUGUGCUGGCCGUUCAUGACAAACUGGCCCGCGUCGGCCAAGUGGCUGCAGGCGAGCGAGCGCGCGGUGCUCGAGGGCCGCAUCCGCGAGGACGGCAUCAUCGGACGCAUGGACGUGCUGGACAGAAAGGCGAUUGUGCGCUGCGCGACCGACUGGAAGGUCUACCUGAGCGCGCUCAUCAUUGUCGGCAACAUCUCCUCUGUCUACUCCAUCACGCUGUUCGCGCCGACCAUCGUCAAGGUGCUGCAGCCGCACUACACGGUCAAGGCGAUCCAAGGCCUCGUGAUUCCCAUCUUCGUGGCGGCCUCAGCCUUUACGCUCGCGGUGGCGUACGCGUCUGACAAGCUCCGGCACCGCACCGGCUUCGCGCUGCUGGGCUGCUUCGUGGCCAUCCUGGGCUAUGUGGUGCUGCUGAACCAGGACCGCGUGCCAGUCAACGCCCGCUACGGCGCGCUUUACCUCAUCGCGGCCGGCUCCUUUAGUGUGCUGCCGAGCGCGUGGAUCCUGCUUCUCAACAACGUCGCCGGGGCGUACAAGACGGCCUUUGCGGUCGGCAUGGAGAUUGGCCUCGGCAACGCCGGCGGCUUCGUCGCCUCGCUGGCGUUCCAGUCCAAGACGGCGCCGCACUACUGGCUGGGCUUCCGGCUUUCGUGCGGGCUCAUGUGCAUGGCGUUUACCCUCAUCUGCGUGUACGCCGCGGGCUUGUGGUGGGAGAACAAGCAGAAGAGGGCGGGCAAGCGAGAUUACCUGUUGGAGGAGGAGGGCGACAACUUGGGCGAUGCGCACCCUCGGUUCAUAUACACGUACUAG